AUGAGCUAUAGAGUUUAUAUAGGUAAGACAGCAGGAGUAAGCAAAGAAGAUCUUUUUGCUCUUUGUCAAACAUUCGGCAGCAUUAGUGAUUUUAUGAUGAAGGAAACUUAUGCCUUUGUAGAAUACUCAAAUGAAAUUGAUGCAAAAAAAGCUGUUAUUGAGCUUGAUGGACGUUUUAUUAAUGGUCACAGAAUUAUGGCAGAACCAGCUAAGAUAAAGGGAGUAAGUGAAAAUGUUGAUUUAGCACAACAUCCUAGAAUAUAUGUUGGUAGACUUUAAAAAAGUGUCCAAAGAGAAGACCUUUUAAACUUAUUUGGACGUUAUGGCGAAAUUACAGAUAUUAUGAGAAAAGAAGACUAUGCUUUUAUAGAAUUUGGAGAUAGUUCUUUUGCUGCUUAAGCUGUUAAAGAAAUGAAUGGAUAUAAUCUCAAUGGAACAAAGAUAGUGGUAGAAGGAGCUAGACCCAAAGAUGAAGCAAAAGAAAUCAAAACAACUCGUUUGUACAUUGGUAAAAUAGGUCCUUAAAUUAAGAAGCAAGAUCUUGUAAUUACAUUUGGAGGUUAUGGUGAAUUAGUUGAUAUAUUAAUGAAAGAUGAUUAUGCUUUUGUUGAAUUUACAACUACUCAUGCUGCAGCCAAAGCUUUAGCUUCAAUGAAUGGAGCUCGUUUAGCUGGUACCAAAAUUGUAGUUGAAGAAGCCAGACCAAAAGAAGGAGCUUCAGUUUAAACACAGUAAAGCACAACAAACAAAAGAGUACCAUUAAAUCCUCUUUUAUAAUAGUAACAAUUAUUUUCUAGCACAGAUGCUUCAACAGGAUAAGCAGCUAAAUUUAACAUGAGGGGAAGAAGAUUAUCUCCAAGAAGAUCAAUUUCUCGUUCCCGCUCUAGAUCUUAUGAAAAGAAAAAUAGUAAAAAGAUUUGA